AUGGCUGCUUUAGUCCUGGCCGCUGCUAGUGGCUGCCACCUAUGCAAUCUGUUAUCGCAGCGCCUUCCACGGGACACCGCAAUACACGAAUGGGCGAAUAAAGAGCACCGGAGACUCUUGCAAGAGCAGUCCUCUUACCUCAAUGGAGUGAUAAAGAUAGACCGUCUGCCUGAAGAGGACAUUCCGGGUGCUCUGAACCUGAGGCUCUCCUAUUACAUCAACGAGAAUGGAGCUCCUGUCCAUGUGUAUGGUCCGAUAGGGAUGACUCUACUCCCAACCCACAGUAUUGCGACCGACGUGGCAAUUGCGAUCAGAGGCCGCACUUUGGUUGAUGUGAAGAAGUGGAUAAGUGAUUGCCAACAAAACCACGACGAAUGCCGACCAUUGGCUUCACCCCUAUCCACUGUGAAGCCAGCCAGGUUGGUUGAAAUCAUCGACGACCCGACGUCGAUGAGGUUAAGAAUCGUUGAGGGUCAGACUCUUCCACCAGACAUGUCAUAUGCCACUCUCAGUCACUGCUGGGGCACCACUCGAAUGGCAGUUCUCCGACAUAGCAACGAGGCAGAAUUCGCGCAGAACAUCCCAUUGGAAAAACUCACAAAGACAUUCCAGGAUGCCGUGACUUAUACCCGAGAGCUAGGGUUACACUACCUUUGGAUCGACGCAUUCUGCAUUAAUCAAGACUCGUUCGGUGACUGGCUGGACCAAGCACUUGCCAUGGCGAGCAUAUACGCGAAUGCUCGCAUCAACAUCGCAGCCACCGCAGCCCCCAAUGGUGACGGUGGCCUCUUUCUGGCACGUAAUGAAUACCUUGCGAACCCCUGUAUCGUCAAAGCAAAGUGGAAUGAGCUACUUGCCGGUGAGUAUGUGAUAUAUGACCGGUACGCAUGGUACGUUGGGAUCGAGCGCUCCGUCCUUAGUAAGCGAGCAUGGGUCUUGCAGGAGCGGCUAUUGUCCCGAAGAACCAUCCAUUUCGCAGCCGACCAGGUUUCGUGGGAGUGUGCGAGAGUUCGGGCAAACGAGACGUGGCCGAAGGGGGUUCCCGAAGACCCUCUCACGGUAAAGACGCGAGCGCUGUCGGCUGCAGCAAGGUCCGAUCAAGCUGAUUUGUCGCGAAUCGACCAGCAUUGGCUUAUUGCCAUAAACACCUACUCUGGUUGCGAUCUGACGAAAGACUCCGACAAGCUGGUCGCCUUAGCAGGGUACGCACAAGUGAUCCAGAACGCCCUUGGAUGCUUGCCAUUGGACUAUGCGGCGGGGUUGUGGAGGGCAUAUCUUCCAGAAGAUCUGCUAUGGCAUGCCGAGCCGCAUAGUACACGAUAUGAAAAGUAUCAUGCGCCUUCUUGGUCGUGGGCAUCACUUAAAGGCACGGUCAGUUGGAAUCCGGAGGGUGCGAGAAGCAUACCCGAUAAAGACCUAGCCUGCAGCGUCCUCCAGAUCGACAUAUCUCUCGUGGAUGCGACAAAACCCCUCGGACCAGUAUCAGCUGCAAAGAUAGAGCUAUGUGGGCCGCUCUGUCCCGUCAACUUCGGUCCAGGCUUCGGCACGCGAGCCCCCCGCCUUCAGUAUAUCGACGUAGGACAACGUCGAUUUGGUCGAGGCUUUCUGACGGAAUACCUCGAUGAUGGUUCGAUGUACCAUUCAUCUGGUGAGACUUUGGCAGGAUUCGUAAUAUACUUCUGUCGUUUUGCAACGCUUCCCUUUCUUGAUGAGGGCAGACGAAAUUCCAUAGGACUGCUACUUGCAAGAAGUUCGGUCUUGCCAGCUGGCGUUUUCAGUCGUAUUGGGUAUGCCAAGUUCUUCCACAGGGAGACCUCCGCGAGCUUCGAGCAAAUGUGCUGCCCAGCGCUCGAUCUGUCAUCCGACGCAUAUCUGCGCAAGGUGGAAGAUGGCAGAUAUGUUUUUAUGAUUAUUUAA